UAGAAUUGCCAUAAAAUAAUGAGGGCGCUAUUACAUAAGAACGGCUGAUCGAUAUGAUGUGUUGGGGAUUUGACGUUGACGUUCGUUUCGGCACAAAGAUUUAAGGCUUGCUGAUUGAGCCAUGGCUUCGGCAAUGACCCAGCCAAUGAUACUUCCUAAUAGUGUGAGCAGCAGUGAUUGGUUAGCUGCUGAGACCAAUAUCGACAUUAUUCUCAUUCAGUUUUAUCGUUGCAAGCUCUGCCAGAAUCAGUUCAGCUCCUUGAACCGACCUGUCAUUGUAGCACAUAUGAUGCAGGCACACGAACGUGAGUGGAAUGCAGCUUGUCAUAAUGUCAAGGAAUUAAAACGUAAAGAAACUCUGAAGAAUGCUGACGACAUAACAGAGAGUAAGAAAUCUGAAACCAUAAAGAAAAGACUACCUGAUGAUACAAACAAUAUGAAAUCUAUAUCUCCACUGACAAGACAUUAUACUAAACAAACCCAGGGUGAUUCUGUGGUACCACAUGCAAAUAGGACUCGAAAACCAUGGAAAAAACCUGCCAAUUUUAAACCAGAAAAUGCUUGCAGGAAUCAGAAACUAAUCUUGGACUCAGAGACUCUUAUGAAAUUGAAUAAUUCCAGUAGCGAGAAAUCUAGUUUUAAUGGCAACUUGUCAUAUAGUCUUCUAGGUUCUAUAGAAUCUUCAAAAUUUGAUUUGCUUAACACCAGUCAGUCAGACACUACUAGUGUUGAUGUUAAUGUUGACGAAAGUAGUGAAAAACAUUCUAUAAUGAGUGAGGGACAAAGCUCUCUGCUGCCACCUUCUAGGUCAGAGUCGCCAUCAAAUAAGAGCGAAGGAGUUACUUGCAAGCAAUGUGGGUACAUAUGUGGUAGCUGGAUUGAACAUUGGACACACUCUCAUGAACACCUACCUAUAGCUGAGAAAGUACGAUACCCAUGCCAGGCUUGCAAACUCAACUUUGGAAGUGAGAGGACAUUACAGCAACAUCACAAAUCUAAUCCAGAAUGCAAAGUAUCUCAAACAGCUGGUGGCCGUCGAACACUGAAAUGUUCACUGUGCAAUUUUCAAUCCCAUAGUAAUCAUUCCUUAAAAAUACAUGUUGGCGCACAGCACAAAAAGAAUACAAAUGAUUUGAAGAUCGUUUAUUGUCUUGUCUGUAAUGCUAGGUUUAAUUCAAAGAGAUCACUUCGUAGGCAUCGCCAGAAUGGCAAAUGCGGGCGAACGGAAAGAGGGCGCCCAAAAGGCAUCAACUGCAAAAUAAAACCUCGUCCACCAUCAAUUCCAAAGGUUAUCGUCUGUGACCUCUGCAACAGGACUUUUGAUAAAAAUUAUAGGUACAAUGAACAUUAUGCGACCCAUUUCGAUGAACGCAAGCAGCAGUGCAAUGAGUGUGGUAAAGCAUUUAAGACAAAGCGGGGGCUUCGUAGGCAUGCAAUCAUUCACCAAGGCAUGAAAUUUUCAUGUGAUCUCUGCGAUUUUCAGACAUUCUGGCGGGCCAGUAUAAAAAGACAUAAGAAAAUGAAACACUUUAGCGAAGAUCUACCGUAUCUUAUUUGUUCUAUGUGCACUUACAAGUCAAAAGAUCCAAAUGCUAUACGCACACAUGAAAGGUAUAUACAUCGAGAAAAAAAGGAGUACAUUUGCGAAACCUGCGGUAAAUUAUUCAAGUUGUCAACAGCUUUAAAGUAUCACCAACAGACACACAAUGAUAAACGACAAUACCCUUGUGAUAAGUGUAGCUACGUGGGCCGAACAAGGUUCAGUCUUUACAGCCACAAAAGCGAACAUAUCACAAAAGAGCAGAUGGAAUUCAAAUGUGAUCAAUGCUCUUGGAUUGGUCGGCGUCAGAGCGAGCUUAAACGUCACUAUCGCAAGCAUUCUGACAACAAACGGUACUAUUGUCACCAUUGUGGUCUCGGCUACAAACACAAGCAUGGUCUCACCAGGCAUCUGAAAGAGAAGCAUUUUGGAACCUCUUUCACACCAGUUGAGAUGCCUGAACCGGAUGAGAGUAAUAUAUAUACUGAUGACAUUAUUGUUGCACAAGUCUUUGAGGUCUGAAUGAUUUCAGAGUGUCUUUCCAAAAUUACAGUAUGAUCUAUUAUCCAAAGUUUAGCAGUUAGAAUUACAGUUAAACUUGCCGACUUUGCCUAACUCAAAUAAUUUCUAAGUUGAUUUUAUUUUACAUGCCAAAUUGUUGUGUUUUCCAUUAACGAUGUGCAAGUCAAUUUUAAUCCAAGUCAAACAAUUUUUCAAUGCCAUUUUGGGUUCGAAUUAGGCAAGCUCAACUGUACUUGCAUUGAUUAACUGAUAAUGUACAUUAAAAUGUUAUACCUGUCAGUUGUGCACAGUUCGAGCUGUUUGACACUGCAUAACAUGUGUCCGCAAUAUAUCACUGACUGCUUGGUGCGUUGCACUCAUGCGCGCACGAAGUGCUCUUCAUCAUCUGCAAUUCACCACUCCUUUUUGCAAGAGUGGAAUCAAUUGCCCGAGACUGUGAAGUGUUGCACAUCAUUAGAUACAUUUAAACGUACCCUGAAAAUGCAUACAUUAUUUCAAUGAUUGGCUCUGUAUUAUUCUGGGAACUGUCUCUGAGCACCCGGUUGUCUGUGGCAGGGCAAGUGUGUUUCCCAUUCCUUUGCCCAGUCACCUAGGUAGGGGUCCGGGAUUGCGCCGGAUUUUUUGCAAAUUGUUUUGCCAUUUAAAUUUAUCGCUAUUAUUUAAUAAAAAAAAAAUACUGUAGUUUCAA